AAUGGCGGCUGGUCGACGUGGACAGAGUGGUCGGUGUGUAACAGUCGCUGUGGCCGUGGUUACCAGAAGCGUACCCGCAGCUGUACCAACCCGGCCCCGCUCAACGGAGGAGCCCCCUGUGACGGACAGGCCAUCCAGAAGCUGGCCUGCACCUCCCUCUGCACUGGUAUGGACACAUACAUUUCUGCUCUGUUCUAUUUUAUCCUGUUCUAUUUCAUUCCAUUCCAAUAUAUUAUCUUACAGUAUACGUAAAAAUGUACACGCACAUGACUGUAAGUCGCUUUGGAUAAAAGCGUCUGCUAAAUGGCAUAUUAAUAUUAAUAUUAAUAGUAUAUUGUGUCCUGUUUUAUGCUAUGCUAUACUACUCCAUUUAACUCUGUAUUAUAUUUUAUUAUAUUAUAUUCUAUUUAGUUAUAUUAUUUUAGUGUAGUAUGACUUUCUUAGCCUUAUUAACUUUAUGGAUCUUGUAUCCCAGUGAACCUUGUAUCUCUCUCUCUCCCCCUUACAGUGGACGGACUGUGGACUAAGUGGAGUAAGUGGUCUAUUUGUGGUACAGAGUGCACUCACUGGCGCAGGAGAGAAUGCACUGCCCCUGCACCCAAAAAUGGAGGCAAGGACUGUGAGGGUAUGGUCCUGCAGUCCCAAAACUGUACUGAUGGACUCUAUAUGCAGAGUGAGUACAUGUCCUCCCCCAUCUUAUUCUCCUCCUCCUCCUCCUCCUCCUCCUCCUCACUGGCUCUGUUAUCCUGUGAAGUAUAUUCUCACCAACUUUCCUCUACUCCCCUACACACAUAA